CCCACUAUUAUUUUAAAUUCGAAAUGUUUACAUUCGACGUUUGUAUGUAUUUUGGAGACAUUUUCCAAGUCCGAGAAAAAACAAAUAAGAUCCCUGGCGCCAUGAAAGGGCGUGAGGAGAAGCAGCACCAGGUUGGUGGAUAGAAGACAUGUAUGGGACGAAGCGCGCGUUAUGCCGGCCAAGACGGCGCCACGACAUGCAUGUGGCCACGUUUGGGGAACAUGAAGCAGCUUUUGGGGGGCGUCGGGGCUGGCACGAGGAACGACAGGAGUAGGGGCAAAGCUCGAGUCGGCGAUGGCGAUACAUACACUGUUACCUACUCAGUGCCAGGAGUAGUACACCUCACAACAUUAUUGUUCGACAACACGAUUGAAGUGUACUUAGCUGAUCUGGAGUGGUUGCAGUCUGGUCUGUACUUGCAACAAUCCGUCCAUCUUGAUCAUGACAUUCCGUCGUCACACGUCAGCAUGAAGCGACGCGAAUGUCUUGUGAGAGUGAAGAAUGUGCGGUAAUGUUACAGUCGUCAUGGUAUGAGUGUG